AUGUCCAGGCAGUCCAGCAUCAGUUUCCAGACCGGCAGCCGCAGGAGCUUCAGCACGGCCUCAGCCACCACCCCAGCGGCCGGCCGCUCCCGCUUCAGCUCCGUCUCGGUGGCCCGCUCCGCAGGAGGCGGUGCGGGGCUGGGCAGGAUGAGCAGCGCUGGGGCGGGCUUCGGGAGUCGCAGCCUCUACAACCUGGGGGGCACCAGACGGGUCUCCAUCGGGGGGUGCGGCAGCAGCUUCCGAAGUGGCUUUGGUGGCAGGGCCAGCAGCGGGUUCGGGGUCAGCAGUGGAUUUGGCUAUGGGGGCACAGGCGGAGGAGGCUACGGGGCCUCAGGCUUCCCCGUGUGCCCCCCUGGAGGCAUCCAAGAGGUCACCAUCAACCAGAGCCUCCUGACUCCCCUCAACCUGCAAAUCGACCCCACCAUCCAGCGGGUGCGGAAAGAGGAGCGGGAGCAGAUCAAGACCCUCAACAACAAGUUUGCCUCGUUCAUCGACAAGGUGAGGUUCCUGGAGCAGCAGAACAAGGUCUUAGAGACCAAGUGGGAGCUCCUUCAGGAGCAGGGCUCCAAGACGGUGAGGCAGAACCUGGAGCCCUUCUUCGACACCUAUAUCAAUGACCUCCGCCGGCAGCUGGACAGCGUCACCACAGAGAGGGGCAGGCUGGACGCUGAGCUGAGGAACAUGCAGGACGUCGUGGAAGAUUUCAAAGUUAGGUAUGAGGACGAAAUUAACAAGCGCACCACUGCCGAGAAUGAGUUUGUGGCCCUGAAGAAGGAUGUGGAUUCGGCCUACAUGAACAAGGUGGAACUGGAGGCCAAGGUCAACUCUCUGACUGAUGAGAUCAACUUCUUCCGGAUGCUCUUUGAGGCCGAGCUGUCCCAGAUGCAGAGCCAUGUCAGUGACACGUCCGUGGUGUUGUCCAUGGACAACAACCGGAGCCUGGACCUGGACAGCAUCAUCGCUGAGGUCAAGGCCCAGUACGAGGAUAUUGCCAACCGCAGCCGGGCCGAGGCCGAGUCCUGGUACCAGACCAAGUACGAGGAGCUGCAGGUCACAGCCGGCCGGCAUGGGGAUGAUCUCCGAAACACCAAGCAAGAGAUCUCUGAGAUGAACCGGGUGAUCCAGAGGCUGAGAGCCGAGAUCGACAGCGUCAAGAAGCAGUGUUCCAGCCUGCAAACGGCCAUCGCUGACGCAGAACAGCGUGGAGAGCUGGCCCUCAAGGAUGCACGGGCCAAGCUAGUGGAACUGGAGGAGGCCCUGCAGAAGGCCAAGCAGGACAUGGCCCGGCUGCUUCGCGAGUACCAGGAGCUCAUGAACGUCAAGCUGGCCCUGGACGUGGAGAUCGCCACCUACCGCAAGCUGCUGGAGGGCGAGGAGUGCAGGCUGAACGGAGAGGGCGUUUCUCCAGUUAACAUCUGUGAGUAUGACAUCCUCUGUGUCAGUUGGUCUGUGGUCACCUCCACCGUUUCCAGUGGCUACGGCGGUGGCGGCAGCAUUGGAGGCGGAAGCCUGGGUCUCGGCGGGGGCAGCGGCUACUCCUUCACCACCAGCACUGGGCACAGCCUGGGUGCGGGCCUGGGCGGCUCCAGCUUCAGCGCCAGUAGCAGCCGGGGCCUUGGGGGCAGUGGCUCCGGGGUCAAGUUUGUCUCCACCACAUCCUCCAGCCGGAAGAGCUACAAGCAUUAA